CAGAUGAAGCAACAUCUUUUCUCGUCGCGGUGGCCGAGCGGUUCCUCUUUGCAGCGCAGCAUCACAACGUUUAUUGUUCUGCACACAAAACGGCGAGGUCCAGAAAUAACAGGGAAAGGAAGUGAGAGAGGCGCCCGCGGUGUACAGAGGCGUGAUCACGUUUCUGAGGUUUCACUGUAAACGGUCAGCAUGCUGGUCACCCAGGCUUGUUCCGCCGCCCUCGGCCGGGCUCCCUUCCCGAGAUGGAGUUACGCUACCUCCAGUGCACAUGCUGCUGGAGGAGCAGAAUCCCAGUCGCUGGAAUCGAGAGCCUGAACGCCAGCAUCUCUACGCCAUGCGAAGAGGACGACAACAACGAGGAACGCGACGCUCCUCUAGAUGCGUGCUACACUUCAGAGCAGCGCGACGCCAUCCUGAGGCUGCUCAACAACGCCUCGGUCGCCGAGCUAGCGGGCGUCAAGCUCCUCCGAGGGCGGAAAUCUGUCAACAUCGUGGACUACCGGAGCAAACACGGACCCUUUAAGACACUGGAGAGCGUGGUAAAUGUGCCGCUGCUCAAGCACAAGAGCGCCGUCGUGGUGUUCGCGUCCAUCCUCAACCCGGUGAAGAAGGAGAAGAAGGUGCGCAUCCAGUUGGCCAAGUUCAUCAGGCCUGAGGUGGACAGGUCCUGGCUGGAGGACGCCAAUUCCAUCGUUUCACUAGUGUGCGCCACUAACCGGAUAGCGUGGGCACACAUGGGCCGAGGAAUGACCGUCAUGGACUGGCAGCACUUGGACUGUCCAAACUUCCUGAAGGGCACCUACAUGGCAUCCGCCUACUUAAACGAUGUGUCAGCAGUGGUGUCCCUCCUCCCUUCGGCGGACUUCUACAUCAUCGAGAAGCCGUCCAUCUCGGUGCAGAACACGGCUCUGUUCCCGGUCAUGGCGCACAUGAGGACGGUGGAGGCCAUGUUGUUCGCACUACUGGAGCCCAGAAAUUUCCCACAGGACACCAACAUUCCUCCCAGAGUUCUGAACAUGAUGCGCACCGCCGUGGGACGCCAUUUCGGACUCAUGGUGGGCGAGUCGCGGACCAGCGGGGCGCAGACGGUGCGGCGGCUGAUGACGGAGUCGGUGACUCAGAAGAUGCCGCGGAUAAACUUUCCGCCCGAGCUGCUGGUCAAGUACAGGAACUGGUUUCAGAUGAGCGUCAAAAGAGGCGGGGGAGAGGAGCUCUGCGACGCUCUGCUGCAGGCCGUGGCUUUUUACGAACUCCUCACAGAAUCCUCUGCUUAGCCGUCGCUGAUCUGGCAAGACACAAAAACACAUACGGCAGGCAACCUGAGGACUUCAGAACUUUUUUUUUUUCCCUCCUCAACCUAAAAGAUGCACACCAUUUAAAAUGGGAUGUGGAAAACGUUACCAUGUAUAGCCACACCAGGCGACAUUUUUUCUGUUUUUAUCCUCAGAACAUAUGCACAAAACACAAUGCAGAAAAUGUUAAUUAUAUACUAUGUGC